AUGGGAAGGUCUCAGGUAAAGUAUCGCUCGACGCGUGGACGAGGGAUCAAUAGAAAUGGUGCAGGGGAUCGAACAGGACCAUGUGAACGGACUGGAGCUCCUCACUUGAGGAAUCUUGGCUCGAAUGCCUAUCGCUUUGAAGAGACACGAGAUGAUGAACAAGUGGCCGAGCACGCGUUUGAAAGCGAACGCACGCAGUUUUUUGCGUCAGAGCAGAACUAUAGAGACACGUUGGGGUCAGUCCCAUCUGGACACUUUCAUAGUCGCGUGAUGGAGCAGUGGGAGGAGAGAAACGACGAUACCGCAGAUGACUGGGGAACUGUUGGAGUGCUGAAUUUGGACCGGAUAGCGUCGCAGUUGGACCUGCUGUCUCCAGCUACUCGCUUCCGGAUGGAUCCGAAAUACUGUACGGACUUUCCAUACGAGCCGCUAGAAUGCAGUCGUGAGUCCAACCAAGACGUUGCUGCUGAUGCACCGAGUGCUGGAGCUGCAGCUCCGUUGAAAGCUGCACAAAAUGACGACGCGCUGGACGUUUUGCUCCAUCUGAGUGCGUCAACCACAUCCACACCUCUUGUCCACAGAGCUCCGUUUUACUCGAGUGCUAUCAAUCGAGUCCAUAUGUUGCCUACGUACAAGACUCUUCUUCGUUUCGAACAAAUGCGUACCGUGAUACAAAUGUGUCACCCGACUGCCAAUUUCUCACGGCCUUGGAAGCAUAUAAUGUUGUUGCUCGCUAUUUCGGGGCAAAAAUGGACACAAAUGCCCGUCGCAUCCCUACCUAUCGAAGCGAGCGAUGGACGACUCGUCAGGCUCGCGUAG